AUGGCGCUGGAUGAGCCUCCAUCUAAGACGGAUGUAUCCGCCAAUCACGGACCAUUGCAAAUUGGUCCUGUGAUCGCAACCUAUGUCAUUGCGGUGAUAGUCGUCUUGCUUCGGUUUUACACAAGAUUUCAGGUGCAAUCUGUGCGAAUACUUGCAGAUGAUUGGAUGAUCGUGGUUGCCUUGAUAUCUAUACAGCUGGCUGUGACCGCAGGCUUCGCUUUGAUUGUGGUUGUAAGUGGAAAUCCCAGUCUUGGGAGGCAUAUAUGGGUCGUCCCUGGAAUCGAGGUCGAGAACAUGAUGCGCAUCCUUUUCGCCUUCGUCCUGCUCUACGUGCUCAGCACUCCUCUCAUUAAAAUAUCUAUCCUCCUCUUCUACCGCCGUAUCUUCGGCAUGACCUUGUCAAUCUGGUUCCCCAGUGGAGGAAAAUGUGUCUACGACCUCUACAAUUUCUAUAUCGCCUAUGCUGGGGUGAAUGUAAUCACAGAUAUAUCUAUCUUGAUGGUUCCAAUCCCUAUUGUGUGGAAGUUGCAAAUGCGAAGGACACAGAAAUUCUUAGUAUGCGGCAUCCUUUUGAUAGGAGGAAUUGUCUGCAUUGCAAGCCUCGUUCGAAUUUAUUACAUAACGUUCAUCCGAUCCCACGACUACACCUGGGUCAUCGGCAACGUCUUCAUCUGGUCCAGCAUUGAGCCCGCCAUUGGCAUCUUAUGCGCCUGCCUUCCAACAUUACAUCCACUGAUCCGCUCCGUUGUAACUCGCGUGUUUGGCACCAGCUCGGCGAGGUAUACUGGGUCAAAGAAUAAGGAUGCAACGAAUAAAAGAACAUUUAUUCGCAGACAACGGCCACUCGAUUGGGACGAGACCUUGUUGACUACACAUGACAUACAAGUCGAGAUGAGCGGAGUCAGGAGGGAUCAUGGCGCGGAUGGGCAAAUUGUAGUGGACAUGGAUUUUCGAAUCGUCGAAGAGAAUAAUCAAUUGAACACCAAGGAGCGCCCAUAUGAAUGCAAUGUCUGCCACAAGCGUUUCUCUCGAAGCGAUGUCUUAAGCCGACAUGCCAAAGGCCAUAUUCAAGCCGAUGCAACAGCCGGUCCAUCGGAAACGCCAAAUCGACAGCCAUCAGUAAUUGCGGGUGCAUCAUCAAUGAUCCCCGGAUCAGGAAAUAGUCUCAUCAGCACAGAAGCACAGAUUCCACCUCAAUCUACCACUUCGCGAGAUGCUCUCACAUCAACUGGGUUCCCAUCGUCACUAGAUUACCUAGCCGACAUUUCAGUCCACCAUGGCCGCCCCCAGUCAGACCUUGGAGUGAUGACGAUGGACGACCAGCAGCAGUACUUUGGAUGGAAUGCAGUCACGGCUGCAGAUCAGGUGUCGCACCGAGCUGGCUUGGCCUUUGAUCCUGGGCCAAAAGACAUGCUACAAAUGUGGCUUGAACCUCGCACGGAUUCAGGGUCAAACGACUCGCUAGAUAUGAUGCGCGAUAGCCAUUUCCCUCUGAUGGGUGACAAUUUGAUGAUUACGCCGGACCAGCAGAAUCGACAUUCAGUUGACAGCAGCGAUGACAUUCCCAAUGAACGCUUUGCUAGAGUCCAGCAGUGCUGGCUAGCACCACCGAACACUGGGCGUCUUAUCAACAGUUUAUGGCGGGAUAUCGCAAUGUCGCCUGUUGAUAAUAUCUUCUCCGUCCGGUCAUCACACCUUCCCAGCGAGCCAAGUGUCGCUCAAGGAUCGCGGUGUGGAUUCGAUGAGGAUUGCAGACGGCGUCUGCAGGCGGCUUUUGGACCGAUGAAUGUUUCUACACAUAUGCAUUCCCCCAUAAAUAGGAACAUUCCUCCAGCCACGCCUACCUCGACCUUGAAUCAUUCUGAUUUUCCUCCUGCUGAGAUCUUGGAUAUGGCACUCGACUUAUUCUUCCGUCUCUUUAAUCCCCUCUUGCCGUUUGUUCAUCAACCUACUUUUUCGGCAAAGAAGGCGCGACCAUCUCUCUUAUAUGUCAUGACGCUGGUUGGCAUGACAUUGCUUGGCACCAAAGGAACAACUGCGUUUGUGUCCAGAAAUUUCUCCGGCGCUUUGGACAAGGUCACGGCUGAAUUUGCUCGAUGCUCAAUGGGACUUGAGAGCGCUUCCGGCACUAUGACAUUAUUUGCGACAGUUUUACUAUUAUUAAACCUGGCCGGUUUGACCGGGGAAAAGGCACAUCUAGAACAGUGCCAACCUCUUUAUAUCAAUGUCAUGUCUGUCGCGCAAAGACAUGGCUUAUUCUCAGCCACUGAAGGACAGAUCCUUGACAUGACUUUGUUCGAAACAGUUCCCGAUAUUGAUGUGAGAUGGAAAGCCUGGAGCAAGGUCGAGUCGACCAAGAGAAUAAUCAUCGGACUACUUCUCCUGGACUCUUGGUACUCCUCAUUCCUCUCAACGGGUCCAAUCACAGUCCCAGACUCGAUCCAGCUCAUCCUCCCUUGCAGCGAAUCCCUCUUCUGUGCCCACUCCUCUACCCAAUGGACACACCUAAUCCGCAGCGGCGAGCGUAUCCUCUCAUCAACAAUUCUCGCCCCAUCCGAAAACAUCAAAGUCCCCGCCCUAGAAGCCCCCACAGAUGACUUCUAUCUACAAGCAAUACUAGCAAUAAUCCAACUUCGCCAGUCAGAAUCAUACCACCGCCUCCUCUCCAACAGAGCCAGCUACCCCUUUGCUCCAUGUCACACCUAUGCCAUGGACGGACGAGCCAGGUGUCUCCCCUCCCUCCAAUCCCAGCUCAUCACAAACUACGGCGAAACCCUGGACCGCCUAAACCCCAACGCUCUCAUUACAUGGCACAAUAUGUGCAUGACUCUCACAGCCGAUAUCCAAAUAUUCGACCUUGCAGCUGGCCGUGCAGGCCCGGCUCCCGCGCGCAAGGCCUUUGAUGACCUCCGCGAGUGGUCACAGACACCUGCAGCCAGACGCGCGUGUCUGCACGCUGCGCAUAUCUACAAAGUCAUGACAAACCGCAAAGCUUCUGAUCAUCCCACGUUCCAAUCUAUGUGCUCGCUGUUCUCGGCCGGAUUAGUUCUCGGUCUGUAUACGUUUAUGCUGUCGGACUCUACGAGUUCACCGUCUAGUGUCGGGUCUGUGGAGUUGAUGGAUGAUGUCGAUUGGAGAUCGGUGGGGACGGAGGGGUUCACGAGCUUCAUGGAGCCUAGGGGAAGUCAGACUCUCGCGCCGACGGAUGAUCCUGCUAUUAGCUUCAUUCGAAAUGGGGCUACUGUCUACUUGCGAGGGCUGCCGCUUCAUGGUGGGUAUCAGUCUGCGCGUCGAAUCAUGCUUGAUUAUGCCUCCCUUCUCAAGGACUCUGGGAAGUGGAGUGUCAAGCAGUUCUCUUAUAUUUUAUACAUAAUGAGUGAUGUUCUUAUGGAUGUCGAGUAA